AUGCCGAUUUACAUGGAAUCAUCAAAUGCAACGCCCAUUGGUUUUGGAUUACAACUGAGCAACGCCACAAAUGCAACCUCGACUACUAACGCAUACUUUGGAAUUACAACUACCAAUGAUUUGGUUCUGAUGACUGCAGAAACACGAAGACUUACAAUAACUUCGACUGGUAGUGUUGGUAUCGGAAUUGGAUCACCAAACGCUCCUUUGCAAGUAGCUGGAUCCAACACAUCUAUCACGGUUAAACCAAUUAGCACUAUCUCAUAUAGUUAUGAUGUAGCGUCCAACGCGUGGGCAAAUCGUAGUGGCUGGCCUUUUACUCUAACAAACGUCCCAGCUUCUUUUGGUGGUAAUAUUUACAUUCAAGCUG